AUGUCCAGCACCAAUGAACAUUUUGUGCAAGGAGCAGACCUGGUUAAAUCAUUACCCCUUGUCCCUACCCAGUCUUUAGCCAAAUCUCUACCUACAUUGGGUUACUCUUUGUCUUACGGAUGGCUCAAACAAGCAGGGAUAUACCCUGAAUCCUGUACCCAUGAAGCUUACAUACAGCCUGUAGAUGCCGCCACUGAACUUAUAACUGCAUUAGCCCCAUGUAUAUACAGUAAGAGGUUGAAGUACGCUAGUUUGGGGAAGUUAGUAGCUGACUGCUGCCAGUUAGGCACGGGCCCAAUUCAUGGAACUCAUCUAGAUAUCAUCCGCACAUAUACCGACCCGAAAGCGAGAUUAUCGCUAGUUGUCAUUAUCACGACCAUUGCUGUGGUUUAA